AUCUGAUAUAAUGCACAUAUGAUUUGACAGGCGAAUCAAAGAACCCCCUGACUUGUCCUUAGCCCCAAUCUUCCCCAUCUGCUUCCAAUUCCCGGCCUCUGAGCGCCCGAGACACAAACUUGGGGGGUGGUGCUUGUCCCUUGGCCAAGUCCCAGUCUUGAUUGUUAGGGACGACACCAUCUUUUCUCCAGGCGAAGAAAGAUAUCCGCACGCGGCUUCAGACUUCCCCUUUGCCUGCAACUCCCUUUCUUACGGUAUACCAACUCACUCCUCACUCACUCACUAUCAUUCAUUCGGCUUCUUCUUCUAAGCUAUCCUAUUCCUUUGAUCUUCAGCAGUACAUUUACAUUCCUCCGCUACAACUUUCUCUAUUCUCUUUGACAGGGUCCCUCACCUUCUUCUCCCUGCCACGCUUUCCAACCUUCCUGCACGCGACGAAGCCAAACUCAUUUCCGCGGAUCGUCUUUGACUUCUGUCAUACUCCAGCUUCCUAUUUCAAUUUCAAUAACAUCCUCUCUUCUUAGACGAUUCCCAAGCAAGAGUACCGAGAUUAUCUUCACCUUUGACGCGAUCAAUACUACCACCAUCGCCGAAAAGCUCACGCGUGCAACAGAUGAUGCUGUUGCCCCCUUAGACCACCACGAACCUCUGUGACCUAUUUCCCAAGUCCAACACACGCUUCUCCCUCAAACCUGUGCAUCCUCCACUAAAAUGCACUCUAAGAUUACCAGCGCGGUCGUUCUGACCUCUCUCGUCUCUGCCACAAAUGCCUUCGUCCCUUUCAAGAUCAAGCCUCUUCCAGCCGACUUCGACACACGCGUCUGGUCACCUCUCACAACCAUCACCCCUGCCCCUUCUACGGCUUCUGCCAUUCCCUCUGAAGAAGUCACUCCAGCCCCUGCGCUGAUCUCGAUAAACGAUGAAAAGAUUCUGAAUAUACAAACUGUGGCCAAUGCGGAGCCUGACUCCGACCUUCGCAAGCGACAAGGUGUUCAGCAAGCAGUUCCCCCUGUUUUCUCUCAAGUAUCACCUAUCACGACCUAUCAAAUUGAUUUCGCCCGGAGUGGUUCGGUGAGACAGCUCACCGUUGUUUAUACUCAAACCUUUAAUCCAAUCCCCGAUCAGUGGCCUAGCCCAACGCUUACGGGCUCCAUCGGCAUGGGAACGAUUACAGGCCAAAUCGGUGUCGUUAAAACAAAGAGAAGUUUACCAACCCAAGCGCCAAUGGGCUCUCCACCAAACUCCAUCCCAACCGAGAAGGUCCCGGCACACGAGACCACUACUGAAGAACAACUGCUGCAACUCCUUCACAAACUUCGCAAGGCUGGUGAAGAGGCAACGGGUGAAUUUUCGACUCUUGUCGCAAAAGUCAAGACACCAUCCCUGAAGGAAAUCGAGGACGAGAUCGCUACUCUUGUCCACAAGAUCAAGAAGCCUUCUCUUAAUGAAUUUGAGGAAGGACUUACUUCACUCUUGCAUAAAGUCAAGAAGCCCUCGUUCAAGGACAUCGAACAGGACAUUGUGGCCAUUGCCAAAAAGCUUCGUCUUCCAGGCUCAAAACAAGCCUUGGGCUCAAGUUCCAGCACCGACUCCAACAACAACAACAACGCACCAUUCAACUUCGGACCUAACAAUGCUGAUAAACCUACAGUCAAGGACUCCCAGUCAUUUUCCUUUGGAUCUGAUUCUGACGAACCAAUGAACCUUGAACCGGAACAACGCGUCAGCGAGAAUAGCGCACCAAUGACAAGAACCGGAGGUCUUGCAAUGCUGGCACUGGUAGCAAGUUCCCUCUUCUACUACCAUCUAUGAUGUCUUUUCUUUUGUAUUAUGGAUUUGAUGGAUCACGGCGUUUUAUGGUCAGAGGCAAUUAUUGAUUGCUAUGGAAUAUUACGUCUGAACUAGAAGGAUGAGAUGUCUCAUUAGGUAGACAAAGGGAGUUUAUUCACCGGAUUUUUUGGGUGUUGAAAUGAGACAACAGCUCACGGGGUGCGAAUGCUUUGAACAUUGUCACACUGAUGUACAGGAUGUGAUGGAUCCAAUCUUUGUUGGAAAUCCAGGCGGUUCUGUCUGCCUUUUGCGAGUCAAAGGCAACUAGCUAGCAUUAGGUGUCUGGGGCACUUUGGUGGGAACUAUUGGUUAGCUAGCACGGGUCGAUACCUAUUUACUUUAGUACAAUACUACGGAUUCGGAUCCAAUUCUAACAUAUACA